GGUUGCGUGUGGAGAGCGAGUGGGCGGGGCGCUGGGGCGGGAGUUGUGAGGGGUCUCUGUGUGAGCAGCGGUGUGGGGUUCAUGGUGUCAGUGUGAAGCAGGACGCUGGGCGGAGCAGAGAUUUGGAGAUGAAGACUAUAAAUGUGAGCAAGAGGUGAAUGGGAAUAUUGUUCUGUGAUGGAGAAUGUGUGGUGAAGGUGAGUGUAACCAUUGCAUGAGGGAAAUGGUGAAAUUGUGGGCUGUUGACAUGAUGAGUGUGUAUUGUGAUUGUGGUGUGUGAGCAAAGAUAGUGAUUGACACGUGUAAACAAAUACCGAGGAUCGGACAAUGUGGCUGCGUAUGUUCUAUUCUGCCAUCAUAUGCUCCAUGUGGAUAAAUCACAGUUCCUGCCUCCUCCAGUCCAUUUGGUGCCUGCCUGAAUUUUACCCAGUGUGUCCUGCCACGCUUCGCCAUACAGAGACACCAAUGAUUCACGUCAAGGCACGAAGCUCACCAUACCCAGGGUCGCAGGUCAAGCGGUUCCCUGUCCACGAUGAUAACGUCAGCUGGAGCAGAGAGUGGGCAGAAUAUGAUCCAGUGGACUACACGGCAGAGUGUGUCAAGGCUGGGCCUGAAUGGGCCGACCCUGAUUUUAGGGAGAGUGACCAACUGAAACAUGCUCCACGCUUCAAUGAAUUGGAUGGGCGAAUUGAUCGAAGGAGCUACCUGGGAGUGUAUGAGCUGGAUAAGGACAACCUUCCCCGGAAUCCAAUGGGAAGAACAGGAAUGAUUUCUCGAGGCUUGCUGGGAAAGUGGGGUCCAAACCAUGCUGCUGAUCCUAUUGUUACACGGUGGAAGAGAGAAGGAGGUGAAAAGGUGAUCCACAAGCUUUCUGGCAAACCCAUCCUACAGUUCAUUUCAAUAAAGAGGAAGGAUUGCGGGCAAUGGGCGAUUCCAGGGGGCAUGGUGGAUGCCGGCGAGCACCCGUCCACCACCCUGAAGCGUGAGUUUGGGGAAGAGGCGCUCAAUUCUCUGAGGAUCCCUCGCUGUGAGAAGGAUCGCAUAAGGAAACAGUUCCAAGCCAUUUUCAGCAAAGAGAACGCCGUGAAGAUAUACGCAGGAUAUGUGGAUGAUCCUCGAAAUACUGACAGUGCCUGGAUAGAGACAGUGGCUGUGAAUUUCCAUGAUGAUACUGGGAACAGUGUGGGAGACCUGAAUCUACAUGCAGGUGAUGAUGCUGAGGAUGUUCAGUGGUGUGACAUUGACAAGAACCUGCAGCUCUACGCCAGCCAUCUUCAGUUCCUGAAGAGUGUCACUGAGUUGUGGGGUGGCCAUUGGUAGUGGCAGACGAUGAACGAAGUAAUCCAAGGAGGAUCAAUGGCACAAAUCCAACAGAAACUGAAAUGCAGAGGCAGAGCAGUGGCUGCUGUCUCCCUUUUACCCUCUCCCUCCCUUACCCGUUCUCCUCUUCCCCCCACCAUGAAUUUCUCCCCUUGGCCUUCUCCAGCACCUUUCCCUGCCCACUGCUGCCUUCACUGAUCUCUGCACUCCCUCUCUCAUCUUCCUCCUGGCCACUUUACCCUCCUACCUCCUCCCCUCCUUAACCCAUCUCCCUCCAUGCCUGCCUGCUCUCUGUUCCUUUUACCUUUCUGUUUUUACAUUCAAGAUUAAUGACGUUUAAGAGAAAAUGUGAGAAAGAUUUGAAAGUGCCUGCUCUUCACUGUUGGGAAAAAUAGAUGAAGUAAUUCUUUGACUGCCAA